CCUGCAGUAUGGAGUGCUACACGUGGAACUCAAAAUUAGGUGUAAGCCAGUGCCAGUAUAAAAGCCACUGUCCCACACAGGUGAAGAUCAAGAGAGUGAAUCAAGAUCGAGACAUGGCCAUGUUCUUGCUUGUCAGUUGUCUUGCCUUUGUGGCCUCUGCACUGGGGUGUGGAGUACCUGCUAUCAAGCCCCAAGUGAAUGGAUACAACAAAAUUGUGUUGGGGCAUGACGCUGUGUCUGGAUCCUGGCCUUGGCAGGUUUCACUUCAGGAUGGUAGAGGAUUCCACUUCUGUGGAGGAUCCCUGAUCAACCAGUACUGGGUUGUCACUGCUGCUCACUGCCGCGUGUCUGCUCAAAACCACCGUGUAAUCCUUGGAGAACAUGAUCGUCAGUCCAACAUUGAGCCAAUUCAAGUCAAGUCCAUUUACAGGGCCAUCAGUCACCCCUACUACAACGCCCAGAACUUCAACAAUGACAUCACCCUUCUGAAGCUGUCCUCCCCAGUUCAGAUGACAUCCCGUGUGUCUCCUGUGUGCCUGGCCUCCUCCAGCACCAACAUCCCCUAUGGAACCAAAUGUGUCACUACUGGGUGGGGCAAGACUGACCAAACCUCAAACCCCCGCUACCUCCAGCAGACUGCCCUGCCUUUGGUCAACCUUGCUGAGUGCCAACAAUACUGGGGUAACAAAAUCUCUGAUGCCAUGAUCUGUGCUGGUGCUUCUGGAGUGUCCUCGUGUCAGGGUGACUCUGGUGGCCCUCUGGUCUGUGAGAACAGUGGAGUGUGGUCUCUUGUGGGUAUUGUGUCCUGGGGAACCUCUAACUGCAAC